GUAUUUUGCGACAAAUUUUAAGAGCAACCAUAGUAACCAUGUAAUUUCCUGAAAUCAACGCGGUUUCACGUAAAUUCUCAGACGCUCACCAUUGAUACUUAAUUCUAUGAAAUCUUAUUAAAUUCAAUGAUUCGUCGCUUCAGUAACCGGAAUUUACAUUGAGUCACCCCAGCACUGUCAGCACAACGUCACUGCCUAGCGAUUUUCCAGACACGGAAGAUCUAACGAAAUGCUCUCAUGGAGGACAGCAACGCUGUUCCUUCUCAGCAUUUUAGUGUUGGAAACCUCAAUUUUGAUUCAUGUUUUCUUCAACACCGAUUCCACGGUUAUUGAGGGCGAACUUUCAACUGAAACAUUGUCGCUGUUUAAACUGUGCGACACGAAUGCUGAUGGUGUGAUUGAUGUCUCAGAGUUCGAACCAAUUCAACGAAGAAUUAGCGAAUCCUUAAGUCUUCAACUUGAACUGAAUGACUCAAUUAUACCAUAUGAUGAUAUUGAAAUAAACUUCGAAAACAUUCGAAUCACAGAUGGUGAAACAUUGGACAUAAAAGCAGAGUUUGAGCCGCUAGUUUUGGAUUCUAUGACAAAGUUCAAAGAAGAGCAAGAAUUAAUGGUGGACAUGCAAGCAUUGACUGGAUUGCAAAGAUGGCUGACUGUAUCAAGGAAAGAGGCUGAAUUUGCAGUGGAAAAAUUCAAAUGUUUUCUACCAAGAAGAAAGCACUAUGAUUUGGGUGAAGCAUGGACCUUUAUUGUACCUGAUGUGUCUCGUCGUACUGCACCUCACCUCUCUAAUCGAUAUGCCUAUCCAGGCAUCAAUGGUGAUCACCUGACCAUUCAAUGUCUCCUGCAGAUGUUCCACCCCAUGGUUUUUUUGUACUCUCGAUUUCCGCCACAGGGAGGGGUGGCAUGUGUCAGGGCCGAGAACAAUGAAUUCCUAGAAAUUGAAUUCAGGCUUCAUGCUGAGUUCCAACUCAAUACACCUCCAUUACUGCCUUUCUGGUUCACACCAGCACAAUUUUCUGGCCGUCUGAUCAUCAGUAAGGAUGGCAGCCAUAUUGAACAUUUUGAAAUGGAAGUACCGAACAACCAAUCUCUAAAUGUGGAUAUGGAAUGGUUAGUCGGUAAACGCAAGGACGAGGAAAUUGUCGAUGAAAGUGUAAGUAAAGAAGAAGCUAACGAUAAUGACCAAAAUAACAUGGAAGUCGAUAUUGGAUAUAUACCUAAGAUGAAACUUGAAAGUGUGGCUCCAUCUUAUCGCCGUGGCGAUGACGACGCGGUUUCUUCUCCGCCUGCAGAACGUGAAAUAAAAUGGGACAGAGAAAUUACCUAUGAAGAAGCGAGAACCAUUCUGGUAAAGAAAAUGUAUCCAUUCAAAAAGGUGCCAUAUCUCUCGUUCGACGCGGCUUUCAGCAGGGCAAAAGAGGAGAAAAAGUUGGUGCAUUCCAUUUUACUUUGGGGAGCACUUGACGACCAGUCAUGCUGAGGUUCCGGGCGAACUUUACGAGACACAGCUCUCGAAAGUUCGCCCAUUGUAAAGUUGCUGACGUCAAAAUUCGUCAGCACCUGGUCUCUUCUAGAAGAUAUCAAAAGACUGUCAAAGAACCAGUCCGCCACUCCAGAAUUGAAGACGCAAGCUGAACUAGCAAUAGACAGUUAUAGGUUCCCCGUUGAAUCUAUGGUUGCUCUACCAAAUGGAACAGUCUUACAUCGAAUGAACGCCAACGAACUACUUGAAAGCAAUGACGCAGAUGCGAGCAUCCUUCCAGAUAUUCAAGAUGGAAUUAGCGCAAAUUACUACAAGUUUCUCAACGAAGCUCUAUCUAAAGCCCAAUUAUACAUUGAAGUUUGAAGCUGUACG